GCCAACGAUGCAGACGCGGCUCAAACCAGCUCCGGCCAACUGUUAACUUGCGUUCACAUAUCUUGGCCUGAAAAGUGUAACACUCAUACGCAUCGCGUAUACGCACAGUGGUACCAGCGACAUUUGUUUUCUGUCCUUUCCCCGAAAAAGUGCGUGGUCCUACCGCCCUUGCAAGUGCACGAGUUCCCAGUGAAAUUCAAUACAAUCAGUUGAAUAACAUAGUACAUAAAAGGAAAAGUAAAACGCUUGCUUCCAACGCUUGCCAAUUCGAGUUGGGCAGAUAAAGGUCUUAAUUGAAUUAAGCCAAGUGAAAGAGAAACACCAGCCGCUGUCCAGGAAGAAGCACUAGCUGCAGGGGAGAGCGGUAAGUGGGUUUCAGUUACCUCGACGAUCUUCGGGCCCAGUUGGUUGGCUGUUUAUGGCCCUUGAGCCAUGAAACAAGGCAUCCAACUCACCGCCGCCUGGCUGUGCCUAUUGGCCACGGCUAGUCUGGCUCAAAACCAGGAAUCCUCCGCCAAGUGGUCCAGGCAACUGGAGAACGUGGCCACCUCCGACACGGACUCACUGGACUGGGUGCCCUUGGCACAGCCGCUGGAUGGCAGCAAGGAUCGCACGGGCAAUGGCCGCGUGCUGACCUACUCCCAGACCUUCCCGCCCAGCGCUCGGUUCGGCGAUCUGACCAAGACGGGCUCCCAGUUCGACUACCCCUUCCAGUUCCAGCGGUAUCCCAACAGUGCAGGUCAGGCCCUCCCCCUUCGCCAGGCGCCGCCACCAGCUCCUGCCACGCUGAAGGCCUCUGGCGUGGGCCAGGAGCCAACCUCGCAGUCGUUCUUCAAGUUCGAGAUGCCCUUCCACGGUAACGGAGAGGGACAGGCUCAGGCGCCGCCCACCCUGCAAACGGGCUACCAGAUUCAGCACACCUUCGGAGCAGGAGCCGGAGGAUUUCCAGCUCCCUCCUCGCUCUUCAGUCCGCCCUCGCUCUUUGGCCAGCAGCAGGGACAAACCUUUGGCUCGGACUUCCACUCGCUGGGCUCCCAGAAGCCCUUGGCCCAGGCUCUGAACAAACCACUCCACCAGCAGAACUACGUGCAGGAUGUUCUGCCUCCCAAGGCCCUGGGAAAGCCCCUGCCCACUCAGGCCUCGCUGCAGAGUGUGACCCCACAAGUCUUCCCCGUAGACCCUGAAGCAGACACUCUUUUCGGCUCCAACAAGGCAGCUCCUUCGUCAGCUCCAUCUUCCAGUCGCGACCAGGAUGUUCAGCUGCUCUACGUGCCCUACGAUACCCUGUACAAUCAGCAGCGACAGCAGUCGGGAGCGAACUCCAACUUCGAGGUGAACAAGUUCAAUGUGAACCCAGGUCUACCUGCUGUGAAUCCCUACCAGAUCAACCAGUUCUACACCCAGGAUCCCAGUGCGGGCAGUGAUUUCUUCAGCCCAGGAACCACCUCGCGACCCAGCACCACCACCAGUCAGCCGCAGAGCAUCUUCCAGAGCUUCGGGCAGCCGCAGCCCCAGCUUCAGGCCCAAACGCAGACGCAGUUCACCACAGCCAAGCCCAAGCCCAAGGCUCAUCAGCCGCCACUGGCCAUGUUCCUGCUGCGAUCCAGUUCCCGUCCCUCGCAGUCCGAUGUGGUCACUGCCCUGAGGAAUGCCCACAGCAUCUCUGUCAUCGACUCGCCCACGAAGCAGACGCCGGAGAUCUUUGUGGGACCCGCUGGCAUGCCCAUUCCCGACGGCUAUGUCAAGUUCGACCUGCCCUAUCUCUCGCAGCUCACCUCAAACCGCGAUUUGAGUGACGUUUCCUUCUUCGUGGCUCCCUUGAGCUACCGCACACCCAACGGUUUCAACAAGAUCCUGCUGCCGGAGCCCCAUGUGGGUUCCAUUGUGGUGAACAGGGCCAAGGAUGUCGCCUCUGGGCAGCAAUUAUCCCCUGCCGUGCGACCCCAACGUCCAUAUGCUGCCGUCAGCAGCACCCGCAAUCCCUUUGAGAGCACCACUCAGUCCCAGAUCCAGGCCCAAGGUCAAGUUCCCGAGCGGGGCAACAAGUUCAGCUACUACUACGUGCAGGAUGGCAUCCAGGAGGUCAGCUCCCCGAAGAUUCCCGCCAAGCAGGAGCGGCACAAGAAGAAGCGACCACAGAGUGUCCAGGUGCAACAGCAGCAGCCCAUCUAUCGGCCAUCGCCAACCAAGGCCCAGAGCCAGAACCCCUUCGAUACCCUCAACCAGAUCGGCGGAGAUGACUUCUUCAAGACCCUGGGUAGCAAGGCCACCACCAGCUCCACCUCGAGCACCUCCACGUCGACCACCACAUCCACCACUUCGACGACGGCGGCUCCGCAAUCCCUGUUCACCUACAGCACGCGCCCACAGAUCGAGUUCCCCGGGUCCAGUGGCCAACUGUAUCCCCAGUAUGUCCAGGAGCCCGUCCAGGAGCCACUUCCGCGACUAACCACCCGGCCUCCAACUGCCUCCACCGCGGAGGAGGAGCACCGCAUGAAGCAGUACUUCCGUCAGCAGGAUGCCUUCCGCCAGCGGCCACUCACCACCAACCCCCCCUUCGAGUACACCCCAAGUUCGGUGGACUAUGAGCCUUCCCUGCCCGCGACCACCACCACCCAGAGGAUCAAGACCAAGCACAGAGUCAAUCUGUACACUCCCGCUGCCGUGCCGGUGACCACUUCGGAUGUGGGCUACAACAAUGUGGAGCAGCAGGGGCCGCUGAACCAUCGCCCCAGCUAUAACCAGGUGCAGAACGAGAUUCUGGACAACAGCAAUGUGGAGUACGAGCCGAAUCCCUACCAUGUGCCCUCGGAACUGCCUGCCCUGACUCCUGAUAUCCCCGGACUGGUGAACAAUCUGCAGGAGAAGGACAAGCUGCAGCCGCAGAUCCAGACCACACCAUUGGCCGAAGCGGAACCGGAAACGCGACCCACCAGGAGACCAGUGCUGCGCACCCGUAAGCCAGCGGUGACCAAGGUGACUUCCUCGGUCUCCUACUCGGAGUCGGAGUCCAAUGGCAAGCUGCCCACUCACCGGAUUAGAAGGCCAUACAGCAGUCGGGGAACCACAGCGCCAGAUGCCUCCAGCGGAGAUGGAGCCGAUGAAUCGGCAGUGACCCCCACUCGUCGGCCCACCAGUGCCCGGAACCCACUCAUCCGCAACCCCAACCGCAUCCGCUACAGGCCAACGACCGAGGAGCGCCAAACCCUGAAGACGAAGCCCAGGAAGGGCUCGAAGAACGGCAAACCCCACGAAGAUCAGGACAUUGACUACCAGCGAGAUGUGCUCAAGCAGAACUACCCGGUGUUCAAGGCCCCGUCCAGGCGACCCACCAGUCCCACGGCCAUUCCCAGCUCCUACGAUGUGCAGGCCACCACCGAAGGACCCGCCUCAGAGUCCCAGCAGGUGUACACGGUGACGCCCAGCAACAGCAUCGAUGGUGGCAGCGAGCAGAGCGGCUUCCCCGCCAAUCUGCUGGAGCCCAUGCAGAUUGCCCAGCACUACCAGGAGUUCUCCAAGGACAACUACGGCCCCGGCUACUUCCCCAACCAGGAGGAUCUCAGUCCCACGGAGGCCAUCGUGCGCAACGAGGUGAGCCCCAUCUUCACCACACUGGCCACCACCACGCCACCAACCACGACGACCACGACAACUACAACCACUGAGGCUCCACUGACCACGACCACAACAACGCGUCGCUCGCCUUUUGUGAGGAGGAACUACCCGAGACUGAGGACGACCACAACGACAGAGGCGCCAGUGACAUCCACCACGCCCUCGGAGGACAGGCCAUCGAUCCGCGCUCGUCUGCCACCUCGUCGAGUGGUGAAGGUGCGUCAGCGACAGCGUCGUCCCACGCAUCCAGCCUCCUCCUCCACAGUGGCGCCCGAGGAGGAGUCCGAGCCCAUCACCCACAAGCCAAAUCUGCGCAAGCUGAGCCGCUACAACAACCAGGAGCCCAAGGAAAAGGAGGCAACAGUGAGUCCCAUCACCCAGCGUCGUCGCUACAAGCAGCCCUUCCAGCUGGAGGGCCAGGAGUCCCAGUGGUCACCGUCCUCGGAAACGGCCAACAGCAAUACCAACUCGAACAGCUUCAAGCCGCUGAGUCCCAAGUACAAGACCGAGACGCACAACUUCGAGAGCGAGCCGGAGAUUGUGACAGCAGGACCAACCAAUGAGCCGGAGACCUACGAGAUCAACGUGGCUGCUGAUCUCGGGGGUUCGACGGCGCAGCGCACCACCAUCAUGGCACCCAAUCUAAAGCCAGAGAAAUCCUUUGCCGAGCUGUUAGAGGAAGUGAUGGGCAAGGCACCGGAUGCCACGACCACUGAAUCCACCAGCAGCGCUUUCAGUCGCCUGAGCAGGCGUGGCAAGUGGCAGAAGAAGAACCGCUUGUCCGGCAGCCCGGAUAACUCCGAGAACUUCGAAACGGCCGAGUCCCAGAAUCUGGGACCUCAGCUCUACAAUGCCCUGCAGUCAGCCAGCGAAAAGGAGGAGCUGCCCAAGACCACUAUUGCCCCAACUCCCUCCACCGAGGCCCAGACAGAAACUUUGGUGGUGACCACCACAGUAGCCUCGCCCACCACGCCCGAAGAGUACGAGGUGACCACCGCCCAAGGCGUCGAGGAGGCCACCAUUACCUCCACCCUGCCCGUGAGCGAGGAGAGCGCCACGCGCCGCAUGGACACGGCAGCGGAUGUGGACGACCUGGAGGUGCAGCCCAGCAUCUUCUCGGAGGUGAAGAAACAGCUGCACGAUCUGUUUGCCAUCGAGGAGAGCGAGGACGAGGCGGUGACCGCCGCCCUGGCUGCCGUGGGUAAGCGUCGCCAAGAGUACACGAGCAUCCGACGCACCAGUCCCGCCUCGCCCACGGAAAAAACCACUCUGGCGCCAGCGGACGAGGCCACCACCACGGAAGCCACCGUGGCGGAGAGCAAAAAGGACAGCUUCCACAAGGAUCUGAUGGAGCACGUGGUGUACGCCACAUCCACUUCGACCAAAGUCACCUCCGAGACGGAGAUCUGCUACCGCGGACGAUGCAUCCGCUCCGAGGAUCUGCCCGCCAACCACAAGCUGCACUGAGCACACUCCUCCGGCAGCGGAAGGCAGAGGGAUUCAUCAUGUAAAUAGGGGCAGAGGGGAUACGGAUGGGGUUCAAGGGUCCAGAACGCUCCUCCAGCAGCGUUUGCCCAAAAUACAAAACCGUAUCCACUUGUAAUUACCUAGCUUUAACUACAAAUAUGUUAAGGAUAAGAUGGAAAGAUAAACACAAGAUCGAAGGGUCUUGCGUCCCUAGGUACGGUGAGGAUAUUUCCAGGAAUUUUUUAAGAGGAUUUCGAGUUAAAUAAGCACCAAUUCUCCGUAAGAACAGUAAAUUAAAUUUCUACGAACAUCCUUCCUUGAACCCUCCAUAUUUCCACUUAGAGCAAUUAGUUGAUAGAUCCUAGAGUUAGCAUUAUGUCAGGAUACCACAUAGCCAGUGCAUAAGUCUUGUACCAUAUGUACAUCAUCAUGUACUAACAAUACAAAUAUCAAUAAAAACGAAACGAAAAAUUCACACGCA